AUGUUCAGGGUGGUGGUCGUGACAGGAGCUAAUAAGGGGAUUGGGGUGGUGGUCGUGACAGGAGCUAAUAAGGGGAUUGGAUAUAUGUUUCCAUCACUAGAUGUCAUGGACCCUGCUAGUGUUGCUUCCUUGGCAGACUUCAUCAAGAAACAAUUCGGGAAGCUCGACUUACUGGUUGUAGGUUCCAAGGCUAAAAUGCUUAAGGAAAUUCUUAAGGAAGGUUAUGAGCAAUCAGAAGCCUGCCUAGGAACCAACUACUAUGGUGUUAAGCAUGUGACAAAAGCACUUUUACCUCUUCUUCAGAAAUCAAAUUCAGCCAGGCUUGUUAAUCUUAUGUCCCAUGAAAGAGCUAAGGAGGAGCUUGGAGAUGUUAAUGGGCUCACAGAGGAGAAAGUGGACGAGGUGGUGAAGGGAUUUUUGAAGGAUGUCAAGGAGGGUUUGCAGGAAAGUAAAGGUUGGCCAAUAAAUUUCUCUAUUUAUAUGGUCUCUAAAGCAGCUCUUAAUGCCUACACAAGGAUUUUGACAAAGACAUAUCCCAAUAUUGCUAUAAAUGCAGUAUGUCCUGGAUCUGUGAAAACAUAUAUAAAUUAUAACUGUGGGAUAGCAACUGUCAAAAAAGGUGCAAAAAGUCCUGUGAUGCUGGCUCUUAUGCCUGACGGUGGCCCUUCAGGCAUAUUUUACAGUUGUAUUAACAGAAAAAAUGUAGUACUUAUCUGA